AUGCUUGUAGAGUUUUUGGCGUUUGUUGUUGUAGUCCUGCUGCUGGUUUACCGCUGGGCCACAGCCAACUAUAAUUUCUUCAAGGAGCGAGGCAUACCAUAUAAGAAGCCGUAUCCAUUUGUUGGCAACAUGGGCCGAAUGUUUUUGCGUCAGCGAUCUAUGUUUGAUCUGGUUACCGAUCUAUACAAUAUGGGCGAUGGCAAGCUUUUUGGCAUAUUUGAGCAGCGCAAGCCGCUGUUUAUGGUACGCGAUCCGGAGCUAAUUAAACAGAUCACAAUUAAGGAUUUCGAUCACUUUAUUAAUCAUCGAAAUAUCUUUGGCGUCGACAAUGAGAAUCCUCAUGACAUGGAUAAUCUUUUUGGUAGCUCCUUAUUCUCCAUGCGAGAUGCGCGUUGGAAGGACAUGCGCAGCACGUUGAGUCCUGCCUUUACGGGCAGCAAAAUGCGUCAAAUGUUCCAGCUGAUGGAUAUAGUUGCCAAAGAGGCAGUUGAGUGCCUGAAGCGCGAUGACAUCCCAGAAAAUGGAAUGGAGUUGGACAUGAAAGACUACUGUACCCGAUUCACAAACGAUGUCAUAGCCUCAACAGCAUUUGGAUUGCAGGUGAACUCAUUCAAAGAUCGGGAGAACCAAUUCUAUAAGAUGGGAAAGAAGUUGACUACCUUCACGGCGCUGAUGAACCUCAAGUUUUUGCUGUUCUCAACUGCACAGAAAGUGUUUAAGGCAUUAAAAAUCUCACUCUUUGAUAAGAAAAGCACAGAAUACUUUGUGCGUCUGGUGCUGGAUGCCAUGAAAUAUCGACAGGAGAACAAUAUUGUACGCCCAGAUAUGAUCAAUAUGCUGAUGGAGGCACGCGGCUUGAUCAACUCAGAUAAGCCGAAAUCCGGCCAAGUUCGUGAUUGGAGCGAUCGUGAUAUAGUUGCCCAAUGCUUUGUCUUUUUCUUUGCGGGCUUUGAGACGUCAGCGGUGCUUAUGUGCUUCACUGCACACGAGCUCUUGGAGAAUGAGGAUGUGCAGGCAAAGCUGUACGAAGAGGUGGCACAAGUCGACAGUAAUCUGGAGGGAGGCCAGUUGACAUAUGAGGCUAUAAUGGGCAUGAAGUAUAUGGAUCAAGUGGUUUCGGAGGUUCUGCGAAAGUGGCCUGCUGCCAUCGCUGUUGAUCGCGAGUGCAACAAGGACAUCACAUAUGAGAUCGAUGGAAAAAGUGUUGAGAUCAAAAAGGGAGAUGCUGUUUGGCUACCCACAAGUGGCUUUCACCGUGAUCCUAAGUACUUUGAAAACCCCACUAAAUUUGAUCCCGAACGUUUCAGUGAGGAGAACAAGGAUAAAAUUCAGCCAAAUACGUAUUUUCCCUUCGGGGUAGGACCACGCAAUUGCAUCGGAUCUCGAUUUGCAUUACUUGAGGCCAAAGCUGUGAUCUACUAUUUGCUACGCGAGUUUCGUAUUGCGCCAGCUAAGAAAACCUGCAUUCCAUUGGUCCUUAGUACCUCCGGCUUCCAAUUGACACCCAAGACUGGAUUUUGGGUUAAGCUUAUUCCGCGUAAAUAAAUCGAUCCAAUUGUAAUUUUAAAUAAGUCUACAAAUUCUAAAAUU